AAGUGCAGUUUGCGGUAACAGUGAAUUGAAAGUACGCCAUAAAUAUGGCGCCAAAAGAGUUUUCAAGCUGAUGAUAAGAGCUGAUUUUUCUCUCAUUCUGUGUUGUCUUUUUUAUUUUUUUCUUUCCCGGGGGGUGGGAGGGAGAGGGCUAGCAAGAGAAGACCCGCCUGUGCAUUUGUGCAGAGCGGUGUGCACGUACACAGCACCGGGCAGAGGAGUGGAAGCGAGGCAAGGCACCGGAGCAAGUGAAGAAGACGAGGAGGAGAGAGCGCUGUGUUUUAUUUUUGAAGGAAGGGGACGUUGCGAAACUGGCUUGCAAUCUUUACUGACUCAUCGCUUGGAAAUAGAGCAGACCUUUUUUCUUUUUCUUUAUUUCAUUUUCUUUUUAAAUCCUCGCUUCUCCUCCUGCUCCUCCUCCCGUGCGGCUGGCACCGGAGAGGAAAACAGUCGGAUUUUGACACCACGUUUGGGGUUGCUUUUUGCAAAAUGCGACACGCUUUCCUGUGAGCGCUAUGUUGUGCGCACCUCGCAGCCCGUUACGCCGUGAACGGUAGCAGGACCGGCCGCUGCACCCGCUCCGUUUGUUAUUGACUUGUGGAGGCUGUAUCUCAUCCUGGCUGCCACUUUUUUUGGCUGGGGGGGGAUUUUUAUUUCGGAUUUGGACUCGGUCGUAGGUCUUUGCAGAGCUGACGCGCUGUCAACACACCGAGAGGUGAGGUGAGGUGAGGGGAGGGGAAGGGACAGUCCUGUCACCUAGCGUGGACCAGGAGCCAGCUUUUUUAGCUGCACUGCUAACAGCCUGCCAGGGCACCGAGUGGGCACGCUGAAUUAGUCCUAAACCGCCUCCGCUGUUGAACUACAUGUGCCUGGCUCCCAAUGAUCUCCUAAUCUCUGGGAAUCGCCCGCCGUCCAGGACUGAGGACGUCUCUGUACCCGAAGCAGACAGCGAUCAAGAUGGAGAGCGAAAAGAAGAGGAGAAAAUACUCCACGAGCAGCAACGACUCUGACACCACUGACAGUCAAGUGACGUCGUGGUCCAGGUCAUCCAAGAAUACGGGCACCAGCAGCACAUGGGUCCGCCACCAGCACAAGAAACCAUCAGAGGUAUUUCGUACUGACUUCAUCACUGCCAUGAAGCUGCCGGACUCAGCCCAGCUCGGCCCAGACGACUUCUACGUGCUUUCAGACCCUUGGAGACAAGAGUGGGAGAAGGGAGUGCAGGUCCCAGCCAACCUAGAGGCCAUACCGGAGCCUGUGGUCAGGUCGCUGCCGGAGUCGACAGGUGGUCUGUCCAACAACGGGCAGGAGAGGGAAGGUGAUACUCGGCCUCCUCCCACCCAGCUCUACAGCUGCUAUGACCUGGAUGACCUGGAUGUUGCCUGGCUACACAUAGUCAACCAAGAGUUCAGACAGAUGGGCUUACCGGAGCUCGAUGAGCUCACCAUGGAGUGCGUUCUGGUGGAGCUGGAGAGUGUGUGCCAGGAGAAGAUGCAGCAGGCCAUCGAGACAGAGGAAGGCCUGGGCAUCGAGUACGAUGAGGACGUGGUCUGCGACGUCUGCCGCUCACCGGAGGGAGAGGACGGCAACGAGAUGGUUUUCUGUGACAAGUGCAAUGUCUGUGUUCAUCAGGCGUGUUACGGCAUCCUGAAGGUACCCCAGGGGAACUGGCUGUGUCGGACCUGCGCUCUCGGGGUCCAGCCAAAAUGUCUGCUCUGCCCCAAGAGAGGGGGGGCACUCAAGCCCACCCGCAGUGGAACCAAGUGGGUCCACGUCAGCUGUGCCUUAUGGAUCCCUGAGGUGAGUAUAGGCUGUCCAGAGAAGAUGGAGCCCAUUACCAAGGUGUCCCAUAUCCCCGCCAGCCGCUGGGCUCUGUCCUGCAGCCUGUGUCGAGAGCACACAGGGACCUGCAUUCAGUGCUCCAUGCCCUCCUGUAUUGUGGCCUUCCAUGUGACCUGCGCCUUCGAUCACGGCCUGGAGAUGAAGACCAUCUUGGCCGAGAACGACGAGGUGCGCUUCAAGUCCUUCUGCCUGGAGCACAGCAACACCAGUACAAACACCAACAGCACCUUCAGCUCAAGCGGAAUGAGCAACGGCAAUCACGUCACCGCUUCCACCGCCAACGGAGCACACGGUGGAGCCAGACCCGAGUGGGCCGCCCCCGGUCUCACCUCCGAGCUUUGGCAGGACCAGCAAAACGAGACAAAUGGCAGCAGCGAUCCGGAGCAGAGGUCGGUAUCGCACCUGGUUUCAGUGUCGGCGUCGGAGCGGGCUGAGCGCGACCAACUGGAGAGAGAAAAAGUGAGCCAGAGGAAGCAGAAGCUUCAGGAGCUGGAGGAUGAGUUUUACCGACUCGUGGAACCCAGGGAGGUUGCCGAAAACCUGGGGCUGCCCGUCUCCCAGGUGGACUACUUAUAUCAGUUCUGGAAGCUGAAGAGGAAGGCCAACUUUAAUCGACCUCUGGUGACCUUAAAGAGAGACGAGGUGGACAACCUGGCCCAACAGGAGCAGGACGUCCUCUACAGACGCCUCAAACUCUUCACACACCUCCGACAAGACCUGGAAAGAGUGCGCAAUCUGUGCUACAUGGUGACACGGAGGGAGAAAAUGAAACACACCCUCUGUGACCUCCAGGAGAAGAUCUUCCACCUUCAGAUACAACUGCUGGAAGAGGACAUGGCUGGAGGUUUGUCAAAGUCAUUCCCGUUGGACAACUCUUUGUUCGACAGCUGGCUCGCCCAGUCGGUUCAGAUCACCGCUGACGACAUGCUGAGCCAGUGGGCUCUGGGUGCUCAACAUCGGGACAAGAGCGGCAGCCUGCUUUCUGACCAGCUCCUGCAGGGCGAAGAGAGCCUGCUCAACCUAAUGAUGGAGAACUCCAUGCAGUCCACCUGGAAAACACCCCAGUUGGGGCGCAAACCGAGAGGGAGCAACAGGCCCCGUGUUCGUGCACAACCAACCGCUCCAGCCCAGCCUCAGACGCUCCUGUCUGCAGCUGCUGCGUCCGCAGGCGGCAGCCCCUCCACCGCAAAGAGGCUCUGGGCGAGCAUGGCGGAGGAAAAGUCUGGCCACGUGAGUCGGAAAGGGGAAAAGAACAAAGGCUCCUCCAAGACCGUGCACUACCCCCUCCAUCACCACCAGACCAGGAGCUCUGACCUUCACAGGGACCCACCGCCACAGCCGCCCAUCUCCAAAAUGGAUUCCUGUCACAUCUCGGAGGAUAACAGUCCUUGGGAUGGCAUCCAUGUAGGGAAUGGUGUAGUAUCAGGGGCUGGAUCUGGUUUCACAGUGGGCUCAAACCCACCGGUCUCUGGUCUUGGGUUCACAAUUCCCGACGGUGGGACAAUCUUUCGUGGCGGGACCCCGCGGCACCGUCUGUCCCGCCAGGGUAAAUCAAGAGGGAGGGGCGUCACCGGAGGUGUAGCGGGGUUCGAGUCCAUGAACCUGCCACUCGCAGGGAAAGACGUAUCCCUGUUAGACGCUGCUGAGACUGAUGGCUACUUCUCUGACGGCGAGCAGAGCGAUUCGGACACGCGCACCGGUGGGCGCAAGCUCCGCCUGCCGCAGUUGCACUCCGGGAACGAGGACCUGCUGAGAAGAAGCGUGCUGGCUUCCUAAAGAACUGAGUUUCCAAUAGACAAAUACACACAAGCAGUUAUCCAAGCAGAAUCCCGCUGGCUAAUUGUUUUUUGUUUUUGUUUUUUCCCACCUGUGCCCAGCAUACAGUCUAUAAAAACACGGCUGGAUCGCUUUGUUCAACCAAAAUCCCGAUCGCAUCCAUCAGUGGAAAAUCCCCAGCUCCUAACCUGCUCUGUUUUUUAGGACGGAGGGGAUUUGAAUGUAGCCGUUUGCCUAUCAUACAGAAAAGCUUCUCCACUGGACUGCAGUUUGUUGUUAGCUUAUCAUAAGAUGUGAUGCAUUCAGCAGAUUGAAAACAAACAUUACCUUCAGUCUCUUUCUCUUGUUUUUUUUUUUGUGUUGUAUAUUUCAGAAUCAUUUCAUUUCUGGGCGUCGAACGAAGCACCCAGUUCUGGCCUCAUGUCUGUGGUAUCUGCCAGACUUGGGAACAAACACUUUGGGGCAUUAUUAUUAUAAUUAUUAUUAUUAUUCAAGCUGGUUUCAGGGUAUGCUUCAUUCUCGGCCUUUGUGGCCCGAGUUGCAUCCAGUGAGUGCUUGUUUUCUUGAAUAUGUUCAGUGGAAAAGACAAUUUCACACCAGAGUUGGUCUGAAUAUGUACAGCGGGUGACAACUUGUAUUCAGCCUUGAAAAGCACAACAUAGCUAGUCAUAAGAGCUGUAAUGUAAGCACUUGUGUGUAUAAUAGAUGCUCAUUCAGGGUUGGGGUCAAUUUUCCUCCCUCGUUGACUCGGUUUGAAAAAUGUACACUGAAUCCUUCAUUCUCAAAUUCAUUUUCACGUUUUAGUUCAUAAAAGAAAAAACAACAACAACAAAAAAAAUCUACAAAUCUCCAGCUUUGCCAGUUUCUGAAUAGCGAACACAUUGACCCCAACCCUGGUGCUCAUUCAGAUUUUCACACAGACACACAGACACACACAAACAUACUCACACACAAACUACCAUAAGCGGAUCCCUCUUGCUCACACCGCAGCCGUCGUUGAAAUAUUUGGUCUGACUUUUUGUCAGCUGCUUUCAAAUUCUUCCUAAUUCCGCGUUCUUUUAACUCCCGGGUCUUUGGAGAAAAAUCGUCGUACAAACUCUGUGCCUUUCUUUCACUUGCCCUGUGGCCCUGCGUCCCCCUCAAUCGCCGCCAACUUUCCAAAUCAACCAAACAAUCGCUGAGUAGAUCAAUCAGUCGUUUGUCAAUCGGAUUUGUAACAAUCAAGCCAAAAGGAAAUCCCAUUGGAGUGGCUACUGAGCGUAGCCGGCAUUGGGCUCCUUGUCACCUUAACAAUUGUGUAGUGCCUGAAAGGAUGGAAAUGCAUCACUUGCCAUUUAUCAACAGAGCAUAUGCAGCAGCUUGCAACGCAGAGCAACAUCGUGCUUUCAGUGCAAAGAGCUGCCUGCUGCUCUGUGCCCCCUUAAGUUACAUCACUGCAGCCCAGAGCCAUCAAUAACCAGAGUUUGGCCAGUUACACUGCGGGCACAAUGUUGUUGCCAUUGAAAAUUAGACCUCUUAUUUAACAUUUCAUGCACAUUACUGCAAAUAGUAUUCAUUUUGGGGUUUGGUUAAUCAGCAGUACAGUUUUGCUUUUUCAUAUGGAGUGGGUAGCUGUGUUCAUGUAAGCCAAGCCUGAGAGACGUGUUUUAUAAACAGUUACAGAGUGGUUAGGGUGGCCAUGCAUUGUGUAGUUCAUGGGUAAAUUCUUGCUACAGCAGCCGACAUCAUGUGACACAAAUUCAACCUCAAGAGCAGCUGAAAUUCUGCGUUGGUUCAUAAGAGGAGGAAUCCUCCGUUUUGGCAUUCUGAUGUUGCUAUUUAUGUGUCCAGUGGAAGCGGGAUCACUUGGAAUGCAUUCAGUGCAUGUGGAUAUACAUAAAACUGUAUGUAAAAUUAGAGGAAAUUAGUCAUUUUUAUUAGUCAGAUCACCCACGUGUACCUAUGCAGCUUAUUGUUUUGUUCUAUGAAGACGUAAACACUGUCAGGCACCAAGGUGGCAGCCGCUUUUGUUUGACGUGGCCAAGCUUUCACAACUGAUGGCUCUGAGGCACGUCUUGUUCCUACUAGAUGGACGUAGACAGUGUAAUAAUCAGCUUCAGAGGCCUGCGCUCUUAAGUCCCUGAAUUGAUUUGAUUGUAAAUUUGUUUUUGUUUUUUAAAAACGAAACACAUGAGCCGUUCUUGUUUUUCUCAGAGAGUUGUAUUUUGUACUUAAAGCAGUCCGUGGUAUUCUCAGGGGUUAAAAAAAAACUUAUAAAAAAGAACAAUAAAAGGUUAAGAAUUUAUGGAAAAGCAACGAAAGACGUAGAUAUAUAUAUAUAUAUAUACACACACACAUUUUAUAUCAUAUACAGUAUAUAUAUAUAUAUAAAUAUAUGAAGUGAUGUGUGUUUGUCUAGAAACUUCCUUAUUUGGAAAGCUUCACUGUUUGAACUCCAACACGACUACUACUGAGCAUGCUCCUUCUCUCAGUACAGCAUACGACCAUCAGCCCUGGGUUCAACAGUCCCACUUUAACCCAUCUGAUCUGAGGUCAGAUAGUAUCGGCUAACAGAUGGGACUGUCUUUUGGGUCUCACCAAACUGGGAUGACUUAAAGAUUUGAUUUUAAGGGCUGCUUGACCCAGGCCUGAUGAACACACAUUUAAAGAGAGGCCCAAGUCCAUUCUACUUUCUCCGUUUUCCUGUAUGAACAGCUUCUCCCCGGUUUUCUGGAGUGACCAUGCCAAAGAACAGAUCUGUGUUACAAGGCAGCAUAUUUCAGUCUUAUCUACGCAAACAUAUUAAGCUGUCAGACUGCUCGAACAGUGAUGUCCAGGUCAGCAGAUGUGAUUCGACCUCCUCUAACCCAGGGGGCGCUUUUAAUUCCCAACCUGGAUCGAUCUGCAUUCACGGGGGGAUUCCCACAGGAAAUGCCCGGUGAUGGUUGUUAAACACACUCGCAUGUAUUAAACCCCUCCAAAAAAGGGAAAAAAAAGAAAAAAGCCAGUGCUGCUGAACUGAUCACACAACAUACAGCUCUCUCUCUCACACUUACACGCAUGCACACACACACACACACACACAUAGACGCUUACACAAACCCCAGAGCUGGUAUAACAGGGUUACAAUGUAAAAGUUUUUGUUAUGUAUAUGUGGUCCUGACUGCAUCAGGAAGCAUGAGUUUACUCAGAGCGAAACGCCACCCCCUCCCCAACAGCAGGAGAGUAUUAUCACAGGUCAGGUGACAGCGCUGCGUCUCUGUCCCCUCUUCGUCCCUUCAGGUGUAGCCAUGGUAGAAGCACUCGCAUUGUUGCGUCACAGUCUUGCGAGGACAGGCGGAGAACUUGGGACUUCUACGAUGGCUAUUACAGCUGACACAUUACAGUAACGACAAAAAAAGAGCAACAAAGCUCGCGUUCCGAUGCGAGGACGCGGUGACGUGUCGCCUCCGAAUCCUCGGCCAGGUGUUCGUUACCAUUCAUGUGUUGCUAAGACAGAAAAAUGUAAUCUUGGUUUCAAUAUUCGAUGUUCAGAGUAGCCUGACGUUGUAGACAGUGGUUUUAGACAAGGCCUCACAUGUAUGGCCUUAACAUGUAGUAGCAAAGGCUGAGGCUGCACAGUGCCUGAAGGACAAAAAAAGGACUGAAAAAUACUCAUUUGGGGCUAAAUUAGUGGAGCUGGUUAGCAGUAUAUAAGAUUUCCUGCUGGGUGAUGGUGAGAUUCCACACAAAAACAAAGCAAAUUGUACUUCUGAUCUUCUUUUUUUUUUUUGCCUUGAUACUGUGCAGCCUUAGCGAACAUAACUGGUUAUUAUUCUAUAUUUACAGUGUGGCUUCAAUGCCCUCUCCUUCCGCUUCGUAGAUAAUGUAGACUGGAGUCUCUUGCAGGUUCUUUUUAUCAAUAUCUGCUAGAAUGCAACUUCAAAGCAUUGCUAUCCUCUGUGUGGUACGCCGGUGUGGGUGUUGGCUCGCAGCCCGAAUGUGCUCUGAUGAUCUUUGAAUUUUGCAACUCUGUCAGGUCGAAUAUCCACACUGAAAGGAGAUCUAGUGCAGGGGGUUUCUCGCGCUCUCUGUCUAUCUAUUUGGGUUGUGUCCCAUAAAAUUAGACGCAGUGUGAAAGUUUUUAUCCUCAUACUCGGAGCAUCCGUGUCGGUAGGUCACGUUCCUCUAUGAUAAGUCACCACUUAGAGAGGCAAUAAAAUGUGCAACGGAAAAGCUGUACAGUCCUCAGCUUGCUGUAUGUUGAGAGCAGAACUCUUCCCUCAGGUGUUGGCACUGACGCUGCACCACGGAAAUAAACUGACGGGCAUCAAGCACAUAAUGGCAGGUCAGAAACACACCUACACACAGUGAUGCUUUCCACUAGACCGAUUGCUUGCAGGUAAUUGGAACCUCGCCUGCGCACAGCUGCCGUUUACUGUACUGACUCUGUUGUAAAACAUCAGUGCACCAGCAGGGCUGGGCUCCUCAGAACCCCCUCAGCUGGGUGAAGGGUCACAUUUACAGCUUUCCAUUAGCAAGAAAAGCAGUUUAGGGUGAUCCAGAAAUGACAGCAAUGUUCAGUUCUGGUGAACGACGACAUUAAAAACGGGGCUUUGAAUUCCAUGAUUGCUCCUAGUGGGUGGUAAAAAGUUGGAUUUCUACAAUUUAAAGUCAUUUAUUGCACUGAGGUGGUUCUGGGGAACCACGAGGGCAUCGGGAUGCAGUUCAUAAGAUGUCGUUUCUUCUUCUGUGGUUGCUCCUUCAUCCAGAAAGUGGUCUGAGGCUGUAGUGGGAUCAGUGAAAGCAGGACUGGGUAUUGCUUAGGAAAUAAAUACCUGCAAGCGACAAGGGACAGCAGUCCAGUAAUAAAAGCAGGAUUAGAUCAGAAGUCUUGAAAUGUCUGUAAAGCAGAAAAUUGCAGGUCUGUCUAAAAAUGUAUCCACAUGACAAUAGAGAUUGCUUAGUGCUUCCUGUUUCUGGUAUCAGUGCCUAGUCCUUGUUUCGCUGCCCUACACCAGCCGUACAAACCCGCCCACCUACCUACCGCUGGAGUUUAUACUCAUCUACAAUAAUGUAUAUUACUGUUCAACUACUACUACUAGACAUUUUCAUUUUCCGUGUUUUAAAGAGGCUUUUGCAAGCUGUUUGUUUUGUUUUUUUUCCUUUUAUAAUGCUUAUCUGGCCGCUGUGGCACGUAUCAGACUAGAAAGCUGACUCAUUAUCUGCUUCUACUGUUUUUACUGGCGCUUUGCUCUCCUCUCCGUUACAGCAAAGUUAUGGCUUAAAGGUCUCAGCAUCCAGAACCCAGACACACACUCCACAGAUCGGAGGUUUAGUCGCACAACCGGAGCUGCUGCCGAGGAAGAAACUGAUCUCAAGUAAAACUCAACCUUCAGAGCUCGAGACUCAAUCAGUCGCAUCUUAAAAAUUUAUUUGGUUAAUUUAUCAGAAAUGGCAGAUAUUCAUUCCCCAGGUUCAGCUUCACAGCAGUGAAGAUUUGCUGCCUUUUUUUUUUAAUGUAAUGGUAAAUGCAGCAGCAAUCUGAUAGCACCGCGUUGCUUUUUUGGAUCAAAGCCUGCAACAAACCUCAAGAAGCACUCAUCCGAAAAGCAUUGCUUCUAUUUUUGUGCCUUUUUUUAGGUGUGUGUGGGGGGGGGGGACACUGUUUGUGUCCAGCAUCUCUUGGUGACUGAAGGUGGAACCAAAGAGCGAUUGAUGCUCUACCCGUGUGAUCGCGUCAUCCUCCACAGCAGCUCGGAGAAAUCUUUUUAGACUAAAUCUCCCGUCUGUACCCACUGCGUACCUUACUCUGCAUCCACCAUCCAGCAACUUCCUCGUCCUCCUCCUCCUCCCACCACCAGCAAACUCCCCUCUUCUUCUCCGUCCUGAAUCCCCUAAAAACAAUCACCCUGUUGUCUCCCUCCUGCCCACAACUCUUCCUCUCCCUGUCCGGUGAUCAGCCUCCUUGGCCCUUGGCACAUGGUUUUUUAAAGGUGAUCAAAAAAGAAGAAGGACACCUAUAGCUUUAAGGACAAAUAAUGACAGACGCACGAGGAGCUGAAAACAUUGCACUCAGCUUUGCUUAACUCUGGCUUGAAAAGAGGGAAAGUGCGGGAAAGGGGAGAGUUGUUUAGAAAGAAGGAGAGGAGGGAGACUGUUCGCUGAACUGGAGCCAAAGAAAGACAAAAGAGUACAACUUGUUCUUUCCUCUGCAUUCUGUUUGGAGCCUGUCCGUACAGUCAGGUUAACAAGCAGCUAAUAUAAACAGUACCAGGCCCUCCCUUUCCCCUCCUUGUGCCUCCUCUCGCUCUCUCGCCUCACACAGCUGGGUCCCCGUCCAAGAUUUGUCUUUGAAAAAUGUAAAAACUCAAAUCGGGAGCGCCGAGCAGAGAUGCUUCCAAUUUAAACGGCUUACAAAACGAUUCAGUUUUACGGCAGAAUAUAUUAUUAAUCACCAGAACUUCGUGAUAUGAAGCUAAUUAGAGCAUAAAUUAAAGGCCAUUACCAAACAAUUCUUUAAACAGAGUUUAAAACUCUUAAAACUAACCAUUCUCUGUCUUACUAGGCCGAGGUUCAUCCCAACUCUGAAACAGUUAUUAGCUCCUUUCAAGUUAAAGCUUCUGUGUUCACAGCCAGAGCUGCCAUAUUAGGCAUGGCCCCUCUUUUUGACAUCACACAGAUCCAACAGUGGAAAAAACUCUCUGAAAGUGGGAGCUUAAGGCAUUGUAACAACAGUAAAAUGAAUGUGAAAGAGGCUCUUUUUGUAGCUGUGAUGCUAACAGACCCCAUCAUGUCUAAGAUGUCUGAAAAUCUUUGUAAUAAACCGCUGAUGGCUUUGGUAUUUUUCUAGGAUUUGUUCAAAUAAGGAAAAAAUAUAUAUCAUAACACCAACUUUGUCCUUUAAAAAUCACAAUGAAGACCAGAUUUUCAUUUAUCCACUUUCAGUUUUACACUCUGGUUGUUUAUGUUCAUAGAAAAAGAUACUUUUAGCCAGCAGCUCAUACCAAUAAAAAGAUCCAGGUUUGGAAUCCAGUCUGUUUUAAUGUUUACUUUUGGAAAUCUCACUUGAAACCUGGAAAACCUGGAAAGUCCCGCUUUUUCACACUGCCUCACCCACCAAAUGAACAGUUUAUUCAACUGUCUUUACAUCUGGUUUUUCCAUCGCGCUCCUGUGAGGUUCAGACAUCCACAUAACAGCAUACAAAUUGAAGUGUAAAUCCAAAAAAACACUCCCAAGAUCCAUUUAGACAAACCAGCCGUCUCCCAGCGUCUGUUCUGAGUUCAGCCAGGAAGCUCGCCCAAAGUGCAACAGGAAAGAAAGCGAUUUCAACACUGUUUUGCAGGUGUAAAUGUAAUCUGGCUACAUCGCGCCGAGGCAGAAUGGAUUUCAGAUGCAGGUUAAAAUAAUUUGUUAAGAGGCCGUCUGCACUGUGUCUCUGCUUCUCCCGCUUGUAAUUUCCACCACGCAGUCCAUCUGUCUCGCUUUAAUCCUCCUCCUUGAUUCCUUCCAUUUUUAUCCAUUUCCCCACUUUUUUGUUCUUCUUCUCUCGUUUCAUGAGCUGACUCAUUCACGCAAAUGUUUAUCUCCUGCCUCUGAGUCACUUCUUGUGUUUAUCCCAGAUUCGAUACUUGCAGGGAACCAACAGGUGUUGUGAUUGCCUAAAUUGGAUCCCUCUGUAUGCUUAAGGGUGUUCUGUUAGUUUUAUGUGGUCACAGGAGGCAAAAUAGAGAGAGUCCACUGGCAUAAUUCUAGUUAAAACUAAACAUAGGGAGCCGUCCCUCCUACGUGGCGGCUGAUCUUUUGCACCUCCGUCCCUUUGUUCUUCUCAACUCCUUCUCCGCUCUUAAAGGUGUGUCCAAACAAAUGUGAAAGGAACAGAGAGAAGCAAUUCUCUAUAAUUAGAUGUUACAAACUCUUUGCGAGAAAUGAAAAAAGUUUCUGCUUGAAUAAUGCGCUCGUACGAACACACAGACGAGGAGAGAAAGGGAGACAGACGGAUGGAAAACACAAAUAAAUUCAGUUUCUCGUGAGUCCUCACAUCCGUCAGGGGCUUCAGCUGUCACGCUUGAUUAAUGCAUACCUUGCAAUCAAGCUCGCAGCUCAUGUUUUUCCAUUGGGAACAUCAAUUGAGAGGUGCAGCCUCAACCUUCACACCCCCACAGAAAUAAGAAUUUAUGACUCUUCGUUUUGUCGCACACACCUUUAGAAAACAUUCGCACAAAAUUGUGGUACAUCUCGGUACAUCUACAGCCACAUUAAAAGCCUGAACGAUGGGAUGAGCGCUAAUCACGUCUUCAUCCUGCAACAAAGCUGCAUCACAGCCAACAUCUGGUCACCAGGAGGACGGGUGGACCGGUUCCUCUGCUGAGUGUCAGCCGAGGUUAUUAUAGCCUAGGGGACAUUAUAUGAUGGUGUUCUGUAUUAUUGUGAUGCUAAGAAGGAGCUGCUCUUUAACUCCCUUUCUGGGUAGCUCCACAUAUUGGAUUUUUAUGCUGGAUGGCCCAUCCCCCAAAGGGGACCUGUGUUUAUACCUGGUCUCAAACCAGCGUCCUUUUGCCCGAUAGGUGAAAAUCCAAAAGGGGAAAAAUGCUGGUCGCAGCAGGUCAAACCUUUUAAAAUUUAUAAGGUCUCUACACAGUAUAAGCAAACUUAAAAACAGUGUGUCGGUUAUAUGAUUAGAUGCAGUGACGUUUAAAAUGAUUAAUCACAGACAGGUGAAAGGCCAUCUUCUUAAGUGCUUUGACAUGUCUCCUGACCAGGCGUGUUGUCUUCCAAAAGGCUCAGCUGCAGGAAACCAAAAGCCAACGUUCAUCUGUUCUAGUUACUGCUGAACGUUAAAAAUUGAUGGCUCAAUGUGGAUGAAGUGCCAGAACAGAUGUGGGGUACCUCGCUCUGUACUGUACUCUGCAUGUAUUGCAUUUUGCCACUCUGGUCUCUCUUCAUUCCCCAGUCAGUCCGUCUCUCUUGCUCUCCUUAAUUUUGUGUAACUUUCUAUCUGAUUGAUGUAUUUCUUUGGCUUUUGUCUUCACCAUUCUCCCUCAGCACGUUUCUUCUGUGCAGAGCAGACAGUUCCUGACUCAUUAAAUACAACAACAACAAAAAAAGGUUUCACCCUCAGGUUUAAAUAAGUAGAAAUUUAAAUUAGCUUUGUUUUGGCAACCUCCAAAGAGCAACUUUUAAACAUCACCCUUGAAUCUCCAUUUUUGUGACAAGAUAGGAGUCUCCCUCUCUCCCUCAUUUCUACUUUCUCAUGACAUACUUAAGUACGAUUGGACAUCCUUAUCCUGAAUCUUAUUGGUUGUAUUUAAACGACAUGAAGCCAAUCGGCGCUGUCUAUUCAAAGCAGAGCUCGGACACAUUUUUCCUCCUCCUGCUGUCUUUAUUUGUCCUUAUAAAACGGUUAAAAUCUCUGCUGUCAUGUCCAGUUUGUCCUCCACUCUGCAUCGGUUCUUCAAUAUAAUAAUAUGAAUGUUGCAGGAGUUUAUCCUUCUGUAUUCUUUGUUUCAAAGAAUGUUGUGCCAUUUGUUAAUAGCAAAGAGAACUAUUGAACAUAUAUGAAAAAGAAGAGCUAUUUUAAAUUAUUUUUUGGCUUUUUUUGCUAUAUUUAUUUUCUUGUAU